AUAAGAAAUUUCGGACAAGUGGUUUACUGUCACGAAAAGUUUCGUCGUCGUUUCUUUUUCGAUUUCGUGAAAGAAACUCCGAAGAAUCUUCGGAGAUCACGUCGUACGCAAAUAAAAUAAGAAAAAGAAGAAGGAUAAGUAGAACACACAUGCAACAUGUUCUGCUUUCAAAGUCCCUUUACGCGCUCGUCGCGCGGCGUCGUGUCGCUACCGAGUAAGAGCAAAUCGUCGCUGGUUAACGCGAUUCUGUCGCCCACCAACAAGACAUUGAACGCGACCGAAUGCAAACGACGCGACUCCGAGGCGACCAGCGAGGGUUCCAAUUCGUCUAUCAGGUUCAUCGACCAGGAGGCCUCAAUUUCCGGCGCCAGCAGCACGGACACCCUUCCGGGUAUCCGCACUGAUUAUCUGGACACUGAACCCUUGUCACCUGAUUCGGACACGUUGACCUCGCCGAACGGCGUGACGGAAAUGCUGAACGACACGAACAACUCGAACAAGAGUUCACGGGACGAGAAUUCUCAGACAGUGUUGCUGUCGCCUACGAAGAAGUCCGGUAACAACGGGAUCGGCAGCAGCUGGAGACGCAAAUUGAUGUUGCGUCUACGCUCGAGCGACUCUUCGAAUUCGAACAACGGCGAGGCCUGUCCCUCGUCGACGUCUCCGUCACCUGCGAGCGACUCGACGGCGGAGUCCUCGUGCUCUUCGAGGAACCUUCGUAUCGACGAGGGCAAACAAAGCGUCGUCACGGCGACGACCACCGCCUCGUCGCCGUCAGUGCAAAUCGACGUGACGGAAAGCCCGCAGACGGCCGCCGUCUCCGUUGGCGACAUACCGUCUCUGGAGAACGGUUUCAGCGAGGAAGAGAACGACGACGAGGAGGAAGUCUGCAAUCUGGCGGAGACCGAGACCGACGAAGCUCUGUCUCUGCCGCCCAGCCCGGCAGCCGGUUCCACCGUCGCUCUGAUCUCCUCUACCGUUGGCCUAUCUUCGUCCACCGCGCCUUACUACGACUUUCUGACGGUGAACGGCGUUGGUGGCGCGAUGCGACAAGAGACCACCAGCACCAGCUCGCCGCAACUGUCGUCCAGCGGACCAUCCAGCGCGGAAUCACCUCCGGCUGACACAUGCAGCUCGUACGGCGAGGACGGCAGUCCCGGCGCGGAUUCGCUCAAGCCCGAGGGACUGGACGGCGUGACCGGAUGUCUGCCGAUCGCGAGAUCUUGCCCGAAUUUGGAACGCCAGGGCGCCGGUUAUUCGUCCACGAGCGGCUCGUCCAGUCCGAGUCCGAGCACGGUCCCGAUCGGGCCCAGAUUCAAACCGCUCGAAGAGGGCGACAUACAGGUGUGUUAUCUCAAUCAGACCCGCACCCUCGUCAAGAAGAUACUGUCCAGCAAAUUCCUGAGACGCUGGGAGACGCAUCAUAUUUGCCUCAACGACGCCUACCUGUCCUCGCAGACGCUCACCGGUUCGCUUCUUCAGCAACCUAUUCAUUACAACAGCAUAUCGGAGGUUCGAAAGUACGUGGUCACCAGAUGGGAUCCCGCGUACAAAAACUGCCUUAGCAUUGUCCUGCCGGACGGCACGCUGCUCCUGCAAGCCAGCAACGCUUACACGAGAGACCAGUGGUAUCACUCGAUUUUGUGGAAGAAAAACAUCUAUAAAUAUCAGCUUCUGGUAUCGGUGAGCACUCGAGAGGACGUUUUGCUUCGUGAAUUGCGCAACAUGGUGGACUUCGCUCAAUGGUCACCGCUCGAGGACGAGAGGGUAGCGGGCGCGCCGCUGGAAGCGGCCGCUAAAAUUCUGGAAGAUCUCGGUCCGGAAGUCGACGUGGUCGACCCGUCAAAGACCGAGGAGACUGUUUGCGAUCAAAGAAGCCGAGCAGAGGCCGUGCUCGCCGUGGUGGCUCCUCUCUUAGAAAAAGCGGUGCCGCCGGCCGCGCUCGCGCGAGUUCUCAUCAGAUUGGUGCAGCAGCAUCCGCGCUCGCAACUGGUCCGGAUGAUCACCCCGGCAAUCACGAGAUGCCUGAAGCACACCGUUGACUUUGGCAAGUCGCCGGACAUGAGACGGCUGUUGCAGGUGUUUGUAGCCGCUUUGUACGAGAACAACAAUGGUGAACAGGCGAUCAGGGAAUACAUCCUGUCGGUUCACGGACCGGGCAGCGAUUGUCCACAUCCGCGGAUACUUCCCAAUCUGGUGGCCACCUGCGUCGCGGCCAUAUUUUACAGGUUCGAGGUGUCGAGUCGCGCUUUGUCGAACGAAGACAAACCGUCUUUGCUACCGCCGUUGCAGUGCUACUUGUUCGUCUUGAACAUCAUAUCGGAGUACACCGAUUGGCUUCCGGGUCUCGGAGCGCUUUUGCAGCCGAUUCCAUUUCCGGACGAGGCUCUGACUAUGAAGGAGGUGCAGGAGUCCGUGAUGUCCGUUGUCCUGCGACGACUGGCGAAGGAUUCGAGGUGCACGGUGCACCGCAUGUUGCUGCCCGUGAGAGAACCGCGUGUCGGUUGGAUUCACAUCACCGCGCCGUGUCACCCAGCCUGUCCAGAUAGCGGAGAAUUAUUCGGCGAAACGCUCACGACUAUGCUGGGAUGCUGCUGUAGGCGGAAGAAAUUUGUGUCAACCGUGCUACCGAUGGUCAACGAUUGCAUUUUGCUGGCGGUGCGGGAUUGCGAGGCGGCGCAGGACGUCCUCUGUUUGAUGCUCGAGUGGUGUUUACUGCCAAACGAGGAAGCGAGGCUUCAGAUAAUUAACGCGCUCGAGUCCACAACAUCCGGGAAGCAGCGUUAUGCUGCUCUCUGCCAGAAGCAGAAAAAUUUGCAGGAAUUGCAACAAAAAGGCGGACCUCGGAGAUUGACGCUACCGGUGCGAGCGACCGACGCCGAUGUCGCCGUUCUGUUGGGUGGCGGCGCCCUCGGUAAUCUCGAAUGCCUCAGCCUCGCCUUCACUUCCGUAACGUCCGCGUGCGCGGAACAGCUGAUCAAGCUUCCGGCUCUGAGGUACCUGAAUCUUUGGGCCACGCAGUUCGGCGACGCCGGCCUACAACUGAUCAGCGAGCAUUUGCAGCAGCUGCAGGUGCUGAAUCUCUGCGAGACGCCAGUGUCCGACAAAGGCAUCUCGAUGUUGGCCUCAUUAACCAGCCUAAAGAAAUUGAAUCUGAACAGUACGAAACUCUCGGCCCAGACGUUCGAGUCUCUGAAGAAGCGGUUGCCGGAUCUGCAGGAAUGCGAUGUUCGAUACACGGAGGCCUGGUGACCCGAGUGCACGGCCAGCGAGUUACUCAACGUUGGCCAAGUUCUUUACACCACUCUAAACUAAUAUCUGUCAGUUGUUGCCUACAUUAUAAGGCAGAAGUGAUGAAACAACGCUGAGGUGCUUGGUCGUACGAAAAUUAAUUCGGAGUAACUGCCGACACGCGAAAUAUAACGAUAUUCUUAUAUUCGGUUGCUUCGGUUUGAAUAUCGAGGUGAAAAGUUUUCGCUAUGAGUCAGCAAAGCAAUCGCUGAAGCUGAUGCGUUUAUCAUCGUUCAAAAAACUUGCCGGGAGAACGAACGAGGUCUCUUUCGCUGAACACAAUAUGAAGAAACGAGAGAGUGAAGAAUCCGUCGUCGAGUCUGUGCAAAAUAUCUUCGAUGUUGUACCUGUACUCGUCGUUCUGGUUCAAACGGUCGAAAGAUUCUUUAGAGUGAUAAGUGUGUGAUGGAUCACUAUUGAUCGAGCUGCGUGUUCAUUUAAUCUUCCAAUUUCGCUAGAUAUUUACCGAAAAAAAAAAACAAAAAAAAAAUAUUACUCACUAUUUACAUUUACAACUUACUUCUCUUUCGAAAAGCGGAAUGUGCGUUCUACCGCGCUAAGCAUUAAAUUCAGACGUCUUACCUUCCACGUUGACGAAAAAACAAUUUUUCAGUUGGACAUUCCAAGAGUCGCGAACCUCGAGACGUCAAUUUCCAGGAAAGAUGCGCGUCGCGCGAGCGAAUAAAGAUUAACGACGAGCGUAGAGUAGCGAUGUUGUCGGCAUUUGCAUAAAAUGCGAAUCCAUCGAGCGAGAAACGUCGAGAAGAACGAUUAGAGUCGUGAAAAAUGCGAGGAUGGGUUCGCGUUGGAAGUUGUCGAGCGCCGUCCGGAAAUGGACGAGGAAAACAUUUGCGUGAAGACAGAUGCGGCGUCAUUGUGCCGCAAUAAUUUGUGUUUAAAGCGACCAAUCCGCGUUUAACGACCAUUUACGCGACUGAAACCGCGGUUUCAUCGAGCGUAUGUCAACUUUAACGAUAACUUUGGUAAGUUUUUUCUCAACUCUUUUAGUUCUAAAAAAAAGCGAAUCGGUUUUCUUCGAUUUUACGCUGUAAAAAAAAAAAAAAAAAAAAAAUGUAACUAUAUGUAUCUUCCGAGCUUUUUGUCCGAUUCUUCGGAUAAAAUCCAUCAUCUUUUUAUACGUCUCUUUUUAGUGAUUAAUACCAUUUUUUGAUGGAGAUUAAAAUUUUAACAUGUAUUUACGUAUAUAUAUAUAUAUUUGUCGAGUUUGUUUCCUUAAAUCGUUUCAUUAGUAAAAAUCGUGUAAGUAAACAUUUACUGUUAUUUGCGUCGAUUGUCGCACGAACGUUAUUUCGAUGUUUGUCGCGUCGCGAAAAAGAGACUUCUUGCUAGCAGAGCGUGACACGUGUCGGUAACGAAGUAAACAGAGGAGUAAUCCCGCACGAGAAACCGUCCUACAAUAUCUCUUCUGAUUUACAAAACCUGACUUGCUACUGAUUUAAGAAAAAGCUGUCGAAACGCGGAGUUGAUUAAAUCAUCGUCCAGUUAAAAAUCAACGUCGAUUGUUGUAAGAUGCCAGCGAAUAGAGUCAGCAAUCACUACGAUAACGAAACAAAUAAAUUUUACUUAUGAUGGUGAUGGUGAUUGCGAUAAAGUUUUACGAAACAAAGACUGCUCCCCCAAUCGAAUGUCAGCGAAUGUUGCUGACGAGCCGCAGCCGCGAAUUCUUGCAAACCCGCGCGUUCCUCGCUGCGAGAGACACUUCCUUUUUCGUAUUCGAGAUGUGCUCGACUGCCUUAAUCAGCAAGUUCUGAGCGACCACUGCUGUAACGUGUGCGUCGCGAGCACGAUGUUACUUGAGAAAAUAAAAAAAUAAAAAAGAAAAUAAAAAAAAAAAGAAACAAGAGAGAGCGAAGCCUCGAGCGUCCCGCGCGUUUACUAUCAGAGACGCUGAUUUCGAGCGUCCCUGGCGUUUCACCGUGAGCAUGCGGUGCAUUCGUGCAUUUCGUUUCUUCUAGUGUAAAUAGAUAAGUAAGUAAGACUCGUCCCUCGUCUCCCGUUUCUUCUCUCAAUCUUAUUACGUAGAUUUUAAUAAUUUAUUCUUUAGCUAAAAAAAAAUUUCUUCUCGUAUAUAUAACAACAUAUACAUAUAAUAUCACACGUAUAUUGUCGUACACGAUUCAACUCUCGUACUAGCGCGAUGCUCGCGUUUAUAGAGAAUAGUCGAUAUCUCUCGAGGUUUAGAGAGCGCAGAGUAAGACAGAGAAGGAAGAGAGAGAGAGAGAGAGAGAGAGAGAGAAAGAGAGAGAGGGUCCAUCGAGAAGAAGGUGACAGGAGAUUGUUUCGCGAUUUUGCGUGUCGAACAUUGCAACGGCAAGGGAACAAGCAUUGUAAGAAGACUGUUUUAUGUCAAUUUCACAUAAGAAUCAUUAACCUGUGACCUACUCGUCAAGUUAAUUUGAAAA